AUGGAUUAAAAUUUGAGACAAAUUGAAUGGAGUGAGGUUGCAGAACAUAAUAAAGAAGAUGAUUUAUGGUUUGUAAUAGAAAAUAAAGUUUAUAACCCAACCGAAUAUUAAAAUGACCAUCCAGGAGGUCCUAAUGUAUUAAUAAAUUUAGGAGGAAAAGAUGCAACAUUAAAAUUCGAUGAAGUAGGCCAUUCACAAAAUGCUAUAAAAAUGUUAGAAAAAUAUUUAGUUGGAUAAAUAAAAAAAGGAUCAAUACCUUUAGAGAAUUAAAUUGCUAAAAAUAGUGGUUCUGGUAAUACAUUUUUAUAUUUGAUAUUAUUAGGAAUUAUAAUUGCAGGAAUAAUAUAUUCUAUGUUUUGAUACUAAAAUAAAAUA